CCGGCUGUGCGCAUAGUACAAGCGCGUCGCUCUCCGACAGCGCACGCGCAUAUCGCUGAUACGAUACGAUCCACGCUACGGUAUAAAAGGGUAGGCGCCCUUGCCGCAACCCAUUUACACGCUUGUCCCUCGAGUAGGUGGAUCUUUGGUGGCCCACAGUUCAUAAAAAAAUUGUGCCAAAAUGUCUGAACAUGUGGAUGUGAUCUUACGCCAUGGCGACGACGAUACUGAGGGAGUAGUCCUGGCCAAGGGAGUGUCCAUGAUCGUCCUCUUCUGUGCCUCCAUGAUCUGUGGUCUCGCACCAUUGCUACUGGCUAAGAAGUUCAACUGGCUGUCCGCUGAAGAUGCAGGAAACCUUAAAACCACUAACAGGGUCGUAAUGACCCUGCUCUCGUUUGGUGGUGGUGUCCUGCUGUCUACAACCUUCAUGCACUUGGUGCCUGAGGUCCAAGAAAAUGUGGAAUUCCUUCAGAGUAGCGGUGCGUUAAAUGAGUUUGACUUCUCCCUGACACCUCUGCUAACAUGUUCCGGUUUCUUCAUCAUGUAUCUGGUGGAAGAACUGGUGCACAUGUACAUUCACUACAGAGAGAGAAAGAACGGCCAGGUGGCGCCACUCGUCAGGAACUUGAGUGUCCGUCAGAGCCGCAGCGGAGUCAGCAAUGGAGAGAAGAGCGUGAAUAACUCGACUGCUGACCUUACUGAGCCAAAAAAGGACAUUGAGAGAAAUCACCACAAUGGACACGGACAUUCACACCACCACAGCCACAUGCCAAUGAACGUGGGUGAUGACGUAACUUCUGCUCUUAGAGGAUUACUUAUUGUGCUUGCUCUGUCUAUCCACGAACUGUUCGAGGGCUUGGCAGUCGGUUUAGAAUCCAGCACUUCUCACGUCUGGUACAUGUUAGGAGCUGUUUCAGCCCACAAGCUCGUCAUUGCCUUCUGUAUUGGUGUGGAGCUGAUCGCAACGCGUACCAAGACUUGGUUGAUGAUUGUGUACAUCACCACUUUCGCCAUUGUUUCGCCCUUGGGUAUCGGUAUUGGUCUGCUGUUGGUGGGAGGUCAAGGUGCUGCCGCUGCCGGUAUCUCAUCCGUGGUUCUCCAGGGUCUGGCCUCAGGAACUCUGCUCUACGUCAUCUUCUUUGAAAUCUGGAAAGGCGACAGAACCGGCAUCCUGCAGUUCAUCGCUUCUGUAGUCGGAUUCUUCAUUAUGUUCGGUCUACAGCUGUUAACUGGUCACUCACACUCGCACUCCCACGGCGGACACGACCAUGGCCACAGCCACGACAGGAAAUAAGUACAAUGAGUCCAAUGACCCACAGCACGCCACCAUUUUCUACGAGAAUAUAAAAUGUGAAUCGAGUACUUAAUCUAAACAAGUGUUGACCAAAUGACAAUAAUUCUAUUUGUGAUAAAUUAUUAAGUGUAAAUGUUAAUUAUAAGAUAGCCUAAACAUAUGUUUAAUGUAAUUAUUAUGUAAGAAAAUAAUGCUGACGAAGUUACAGGAGCUCUAAAAGAGAACAUUUUAUUAUUUUCGGAUACUCGCUUUAUAAUAAGUAAUUAGUGUUGCCAUUAGUUGCUAUUUUUCAUUUUUAUAUGUAUGACAAGACAAGGAAGAUGCCUAUUACUUAUAUUAAAUAUUACAGCUAUUAUUUUUAUAUCUACUAGCGAGAUUCCGAAACAAACGAACUUUCUAGUCAUCAGCUACAUAAUAAUGAUAUUAUUAUCUUACAUUUUAGUUUUGUUAUAUACCUAAUUGUAUUGCAAGACUUGAAAAUAUAAAUCUACGUGGCUGCAGCAAAUUUUAACGAAUUUUGAAAUAAACUGCCACUGAACCGCGCGCCUGUUGAAAGCCAUGCAAGUUCUUGCACCUACAAAAUGUAUUAUCUUGUAUUUUGACUAGACAUAGUCUGAGAGAUUGACCUGGCUACUUCAGCCUAUUUAAUUUAUAUUACCUAUUCGAAGUUUGGGACAAACUUAUCCAAUUAAACUUUAUUAAUUAUUUUGUGUAGACACCAUACUUCCAUUCCUAUGGAAGAUCCACAUUAAUAUUUAAAUUGACUUAAUAAAAAUAAUCUGAUAAUACUUACGAUGUAAGUAGGCACACAUUUCAUACUUAAGUCCAAGAAGUAUUGAAACAACUUGUCUUUUAUUUUUGGACGCCUUUCUGUCUGUGAUAUAUUAUGGAAGCAGGAAGCAGAGAAUUGGAUGAGCGAUGAGCCAUACAUAUACUAACGUAGUUUUUAAUUAAUAAAUACAUAAGUAGGUAAUUAUUAUAAUUGAAGUACAAAGUUUAAGAAAAUGACCAUUUAGGUGCUUAGGUACCUAACUACUUAUUCGACAUUCCUGUACCUAAGUGCCUAAUACUUAAAUAAUAUACCUACAAUAAUGUCUGUGUUGUUUUUUAUACCUUUUUGUUAAAUAAAUACAUAAGUUUCAUGAAUGAGAAUUUGUACCGACCAACUAUAAACUACAUAAAAUAAGUUAUGUACAUUUAUAUAAUGUGAUUAAAUUUUAUAAAAGUUUGUAUAAUAAAAUUAUAAAAUAAUAAUUUA